GUUGUUGGCUGCGGCGUGGGAAGCAGCUCUGGGGGAGCUCGGAGCUCCCAAGUACGACUUCUUGGGGGGGCUGCCACAGCCCAACAGGCACAGUGAGGCUCACAGAGAACCCUGUGGGUGCCCCGAGGAAUCUGGGACCCUCCCCAGACCAAGGUGGCUCCCAGGGAGGACGUGGUGGGACGAAGAGACACUGGGCAGCCCUGCCUUCCAGCGAUGGCGUGGUCCCUGGGAGCCAAGCCACGGUGGCCUGAGUUCUGUCUACUAUGGCUGCUGUUAGCGUCCUUGACAGGCAGCUACCAGGCAGGCGAGCUGGAGACUUCAGACGUGGUGACAGUGGUGCUGGGUCAGGACGCCAAGCUACCCUGCUUCUACCGUGGGGACCCCGGCGAGCAGGUGGGCCAGGUGGCCUGGGCGCGGCUGGAUGCAGAGGAGGGCUCUCGGGAGCUGGCACUGCUGCACUCACUGUACGGGCUGCACGUGGGCGAGGCCUACCAGGGCCGCGUGGAGCAGCCGGGGCCCCCGCGCAGCCCCCACGAUGGCGCGGUGUUGCUGCGCAAUGCGGUGCAGGCAGACGAGGGCGAGUAUGAGUGCCGGGUCAGCACCUUCCCGGCAGGCUCCUUCCAGGCGCGUCUGCGGCUUCGUGUGCUGGUGCCCCCCCUGCCCUCACUGAAUCCUGGCCCAGCCCUGGAAGAAGGCCAGGGCCUGACACUGGCUGCCUCCUGCACUGCUGAGGGCAGCCCAGCCCCUAGUGUGACCUGGGACACGGAAGUCAAGGGCAUGGCCUCCAUCCGCUCCUUCCAGCACACCCGCUCGGCAGCUGUUACCUCUGAGUUCCACCUAGUGCCCAGCCGUAGCAUGAACCGGCAGCCCCUCACCUGUGUGGUGUCUCACCCCGGGCUGCUGCAGAAUCAGAGGAUCACCCACAUCCUUCACGUGGCCUUCCUAGCGGAGGCCUCUGUCAGAGGCCUAGAAGACCAGAAGCUGUGGCAUGUGGGCCGAGAGGGAGCCACACUCAAAUGCCUCAGUGAGGGGGAGCCACCACCAUCCUACAACUGGACUCGGCUGGAUGGGCCUCUCCCCAGUGGGGUUCACGCUGAGGGGGACACCUUGGGCUUUCCUCCACUGACCCCUGAACACAGCGGCACCUAUGUCUGCCAUGUCAGCAAUGCACUGUCAUCCAGGGACUCUCGUGUCACUGUGGAGGUCAUAGGCCCUGAGGAGGCACAAGGUCAGCAGGUGGACCUGGUGUCAGCCUCCGUGGUGGUGGUGGGCGUCAUCGCUGCACUGCUCCUCUGCCUCCUGGUGGUGGUGGUGGUGCUCAUGUCCCGAUAUCACCGGCGCAAGGCCCAGCAGAUGACCCAGAAAUAUGAAGAGGAGCUGACAUUGACCAGGGAGAACUCCAUCCGUAGGCUGCACUCCCAUCACUCAGACCCCAGGAGCCAGCCGGAGGAGAGUGUAGGGCUGAGAGCCGAGGGCCACCCUGAUAGUCUCAAGGACAACAGUAGCUGCUCUGUGAUGAGUGAAGAGCCAGAAGGUCGCAGCUAUUCCACACUGACCACUGUGCGGGAGAUUGAGACACAGACGGAGCUGUUGGCACCAGGCUCAGGGCGGGCAGAGGAGGAUGAGGACCAGGAGGAUGAGGGUAUCAAGCAGGCCAUGAACCACUUCAUACAGGAGAAUGGGACUCUGCGGGCCAAGCCCACCGGCAAUGGCAUCUACAUCAAUGGGCGCGGCCACCUUGUCUGACUCCAGCGUGCCUCUCUCCCUCCAGAUCUGGCUUCUUCUGUUCCUUGUGGGGGGACAGAGGGCCCUCCCAAGGCACCACCUCUCUCCAGGAAGAUGAUUCCCCCACCUCCACUGGCUGCUCAGACCUUCUCCUCCAACUCUUCCAUGUGUGCAGGCCACUACAAGCAUCCAGUGCUUGUGUGUGUGUGUGUGCACGUAUGUGCGUGUGUGUGUGUGUGUGUGUGUGUGUAUGUGUGUGUGUGUGUGUGUGUGUGUGUGUGCACAUGUGUGUCUGGCCAUGUGUCCUCAGACCCCAGAGCAGUAUUAUGGGCCCAGAGGUUGGAGGAGGGAAGCAGACAUGUGGGCCAGACCAGGUGUGCGGGCAUAGCUGGAGCUGCACUCUGGCCUCAGAGGACUGGGGAGCCGGGCUCCCCAACUCCAGGGGCUCCAGGGAGGUCAAUGCAAAGUGGCCUCAGAGCAGAGGGCCUUCCAGAAGUCAGGACAGCCACUGAAGAAGCCUCUGCCCUCUGGUGGCCAUGGGUCUGCCCUGUGUACAUACCUUUUGUAAAUACACCUCUCUCAAAGGGGUACUUUAUGACCCUCCACUCUGAAGUCUUGAAUAGAGUCCAAAUCCUUGGAAGACUUGUUCUGAUGUGGACCUUGGUUAUCACUGGGAGAGCCAGACCUGCCUGCACCCACUCAUCCAGAUCCCAAAGGUGUUCCCUUUGGGCCUCCAAACCCAGGCAGCCUCUGGGGAGUGGGUCUGAGAUUUGGGGGUUUAGGUGGUGGCAGUGGGAAUUUGGGGCAUGAUAGCUAAGGGAGGACAGGGGGGGUUGAGGCCUUUGGGUAGCCAAAUUCUGCCCCCUCUUAUGACCAGUGGUGACCUUUAGGAGUUGUGAGGACUGAGUGACAAGAGCUCCUGGUGUCCUUGUGGUGUGAGACAAAGAAGGUGAUUGCAGCUAAGGAAGCUGAGUCUUUCCUUUUCCAGAGGUUACUGAUUCUGGCCCUUCUGGCAGUUUCUCCGGGAAGAGUCGACCUUAGAGAAGGCCACCCAAACAGGUUUAUCUAGGACCUCCAGACUUAGUUCUUAGACCCUGGAGGGACCCCUGCCUCUCUCCCCAAGAUUGGCUAUUAGAUCUCCAGCAUUGAGGGACCUAAGUCUGAAGCUAGGCCAUGUGUACAGUCUGUGUAAAUAUGUGCAUAUGUGUACAUAGUGCAAUCUUCUGUUUUUCAAUAAACAGAUAAAACCUG